AUGAACAAAGCGUAUAAUCGAGUGGAAUGGGGCUUCCUUGACAUUAUCAUGGAAAAAAUGGGUUUUGAGAAAAAAUGGAGAAAAAUGGUUAUGCGCUGUGUGAAGUCUAUCUCUUACUCAGUUCUUAUAAAUGGAGAUCCAAAUGGGCCUAUUAUGCCUUCAAGAGGAUUAAUACAAGGGGAUCUUCUAUCCCCUUAUCUUUUUCUCCUAUACACUGAGGGCUUGGUUGCCAUGCUGGCACAAGCAGAGGAGAACAAGCUGGUGGAAGGCCUCAAAAUCUAUAAAAGCAGCCCAUGGAUCAACAACCUUUUGUUUGCAUAUUACAAUUUGUUCUUUUGUAGGGCUUCUAUGCAAACAAAUGCACACAUCCAUCAGCUUCUCAAAGAGUAUGAACAAGUUUCAAGCCAGAAGGUGAAUAGGGAAAAUACAUCAAUGGUUUUUUGCACAAAUGUUGAUUCUCAAUUGAAGUAG